CCUGCUCGCCUCAACCUCACAACCAACCCACACACAAAAGCGAAGGCAAAAGCAAGCUAAGCGAGCAAGAGACCAGAGAGUAGCUUGAGGAGGAAGAAGAAGAAGACGGCUGAGCAAGAUGUGCGGCGGAGCGAUCCUUGCGGAGCUCAUACCGAGCGCGCCGGCGGCGAGGCGGGUGACGGCGGCGCAUGUGUGGCCUGGGAAGGCCAAGAAGAAGGGCGGCGGCGGGCGCGCCGAUGACUUCGAGGCGGCGUUCCGGGAGUUCGACGAGGACUCCGACGAGGAGGAGGAGGAGGGGAUGAUGGGGGAGGGGGAGGCGACGUCCGAGCACAAGCCGUUCGUGUUCGGCGCUUCCAAGAAGACGAAGGCGGCGCCGGCGGCGGCCCGCCGCAGGAAGGCGGCGCAGUACAGGGGCGUGCGGCGCCGGCCAUGGGGCAAGUGGGCGGCGGAGAUCCGCGACCCGGUCAAGGGCGUCCGCGUCUGGCUCGGCACCUUCCCCACCGCCGAGGCCGCCGCGCUCGCCUACGACGACGCCGCGCGCGGCAUCCGCGGGCCCAGGGCCAAGCUCAACUUCCCCUCCGCCGCUCUGGACACCCGCAAGCGCGGCCGCGCCACCGACGCGCCGGCCGUCAAGGCAGCGGCAGCGACACCGUUCAUCGACCUCGACGAGGAGGAUGAGGUCGGCGCCGCCAUGGCGUCCAUCAAGUACGAACCCGAGACCAGCGAGAGCUCCGAGUCGAGCGCCCUGCCGGACUUCUCCUGGCAGGGCAUGUCAGCCUCUGACGAGGCCGCGGCGCACCCCGUCCUCGACGUCGCCGACAGCGACGACGACCUCGGCGCCGGAGCCAACAAGCGUCCCAGGACCGAGUCGACGGCCUCCGGCUCCGGCGACGACACCGACGCGCUGUUCGACGCGCUGCUGUUCGCCGACCAGUACUCCUACUUCAACGGCGGCGCCUACGAGUCCCUGGACAGCCUGUUCAGCGCCGACGCCGUGCAGAGCGCCGCCCCCGCCGACCCGGGGAUGGGUCUCUGGAGCUUCGACGACGGCUGCCUCGUCGACGUCGAGGGCAGCAUGUCCUUCUAGGCUAGCUCCGGCGCCUCUGUAACUCUAUUCCAUACCAUCAUGUAAAUACAAGGGUGGUUUUGCCAAGUACUCCCUCCAUGUUCGUCCGGUUCCCCCUUUGGUAGUAAUGAAAUCUGUGAGGUUCUCGUUCUCGUAAAACAUUCAAGAGAAAGAUUAACACGUCUCACAACUAAGAUAGUGAGAAAAAU